AUGAUGGUUGCCGUCUCGUUCAAGUCGAUUCCUGCACUUAACAAGGGUAAGAUUGUGCCUGCGGGCGAAAUCGUGAACGGAAACGGCGGCGCGCAGCACGCGUUAUUCUCGAGCCGCAACUUAAGAGGCGGCCACGCUGGAAUUUUUAUUGCGGGAUCCGGUGACGAUCUGGGAUUGGACGAGGAUCCGCCGCCGCCACACACGGCGGGAAUCGCGGAGAGUGCAAAUGACAGGCGCCGUGUCACCAGGGCGGAAGGAAGAGGCGGUUUGGGAGAGGAGGGGAGGGAAAGAGGCGGGGCAGGGAGCGGGGAUAGUGAGGGAGAGGACGAGUACAAGGGAGGGGAGAGUGAAGGGGAUGGUGCUGGGGAGGAGACACGUGAGGGACGGAGAGAGAGUGCGAGAGGUGGAGUUGGGGGGAGUGGUGGGAUACGGAGGACGAACGAGAAGGAGGAGGAGGAGGAAGAAGCAGAGGGAGUACGGAAAAUUAGAAGGGUGGGGGCUAGUGGGGACGGCUCACUUGGGGAGGAUGAGGAAACGGAGGAGCAUAGGGAAGAGUUGAAGCAUGGGGAGGAGGAAAGACGAGGGGUGGGUGCAGAGAGGAAGAGGGAAGAUGAUGAGGAUGUGGAGGGCGGGGAGGGUGAAGGGGAGGGGGAGGGAGGGGGAGAUUAUAGAGGGAAAAGGAGCCGUAUUGCGGGCGUGGCGGUGGAAGGGGGGAAAGUGGACGAGGAGCAUGAGGAGCACGAGGAACAGAGGGAUGAGGAGGGGAAGGGUAUGGGCGGCAGAGAUCGCGGGAGUGGUGGUAGUGAGGAGCAAGAAGGAAGAUUAGUAAUAGGGUCAAAGGAGGAAGGAACAGGGGGUUGGGUUGGUUCCCGUGACGGGGAAGGGAAUCACGGGCGACGAGAAGAGGAGGAGGAUAGUGAGCAGAGGGCAGCAGGAGAGGAGCAUGAGGAUGGGGCGAGGGAGCAUGAGGAGGGGACGAAGGAGCAUGAGGAGGGAACGAAGGAGCAUGAGGAGGGGACGAAAGAGCAUGGGCAUAGAGGAAUGGAGGAUCAGGAAUACGGUGACGAGGAACGAGGGGGACACGAGCAGCAUACAGGCGAGGGGAGGCAUGAAGACGCGAAUGAAGAGAGCAGAUCCACAUUCUCCUCCUCCUCCUCCUCUUCUCUCACCUCCUCCCUGGUCGCCCCACUUUCCCCUCUCAGUGAUUACUCUCACUCCUCCUCCUCCGUCCCUCUGCCUCCGUUUGGAUUCAACGCCUCUCUCUCCCACGCGCCCCCUGUACCCUUUAAAGAGAGAUUCCUUUGGAGAGCCCCCAAGAGCCAGAAAUAUGCACAGUGCAUUGCGCGUUCCCGCACCCAUAAAGGUAUUGCCUGUCAACAGCUAUCUGCUGAUCACAGCGAAUGGAUUCCCCCCUUUGCCCCUGCUCCUCUUCCCCCACCCGCUUUCCCCCUUCCCCCCUUCCCCCCUCCCGCUUUCCCGCCCUCCCGCCCUCCCGCCCUCCCGCCCUCUUCCCCAGUGCCGGUCAAGGGCUCCACCAACGGCUAUCUGCUGGUCACAGCCAAUGGGGGUCUCAACCAGAUGAGAGCUGCUAUCUGUGACAUGGUGGCUGUAGCUCGCAUCAUGAAUGUCACUCUCGUGGUUCCAGAGCUCGACCACACCUCCUUCUGGGCCGACCCAAGUGAGUUUGAGGACAUAUUCGACCUGGACCAUUUCAUCAGCUCGCUCAAGAAGGACAUUCGCAUCGUGCGCCAGCUGCCCAAGCGCGUGGCACACAUCGAACCUCUAGAGAAGUUCCCCGUCUCCUGGUCGCCGUUCUCCUACUACCGAGAGGACCUGCUCCCACGGGUGAAGAAGCACCGGGUGAUGCGCUUCCCUCUCACCGACUCGCGGCUUGCCAACAACGGCGUGCCGGACUCGAUCCAACGGCUGCGGUGCCGCGCCAACUACAAGUCGCUGCGCUACACGCCGUCGAUCUCGCAGAUCGCGGCGAAUCUGAUCUCGAGAUUGCACGCCAGGGGCCCGUACAUUGCGCUGCACUUGAGAUACGAGAAAGACAUGCUGGCAUUCACAGGGUGCGACCACGGGCUACAAGCCUCAGAGAGGGAGGAGCUAAAGGCCAUGCGGCUCAACAACUCGCGGUGGAAGGAGAAGGAGAUUGACGGGGAGGCGCGGAGAACAGAGGGAGCGUGUCCACUUACCCCGCGGGAGACGGCGCUUUUUCUGCGGGCCAUGGGGUAUCCGAAUAAGACUCUCAUCUACGUGGCUGCUGGAGACAUCUACGGCUCUAAUGGACUCGAGGACUUGACUCGGCUGUACCCAAACACGUACACACACAGCACGCUGGCAACAGCUGAGGAGCUGGCGAGCUUAGGCGCGUACCAGAACCGGCUGGCAGCCGUGGACUACACUGUGGCAGUGCAGAGCGAUGUGUUUGUGUACACAUAUGAGGGGAAUAUGGCUCGGGCCGUGCAGGGGCACCGGCGGUUUGAAGGACACAGGAAGACUGUCAUCCCUAACAGGGAAGCCAUCAUUCGGCACAUUGACCAGUUAAAAUCGCGGCAAAUUAGCCCUGCAAGGGACGGGAAGACGAGUACCGGAAAAAACGGCGAGGGGGGUAACGGUCACCGGAGAGGCUGGGGGUCGAUCAAGCCGUACGUGCUGUCAGUGUCGCUUCUGGCAUCCAUAUCGUCGGGUCUUCUUGGAUAUGACAUUGGCGUCACCAGCGGAGCGCUCAUUUUUGUCGCAGAAGAUUUCGAUCUCUCCCACGUGCAGCAGGAGAUUUUUGUUGGUAUCCUCAAUAUAGUCUCCCUCGUUGGCGCGCUAUCAGCCGGUAGACUUGCGGAUUUCGCGGGCCGUAGAUUCGCAAUGGGAGCAGCCGCCUCAAUUUUUAUCGCCGGAGCUCUGUGCAUGGCGUUAGCACCGACCUACACUAUCCUCGUUACAGGACGUGUCGUUACAGGUGUUGGUGUCGGAUUCGGUCUUGCUCUACCUCCUCUUUUCAUCUCAGAGAUUUCUCCGCCCGGUCAGCGUGGCGGGCUGGUUUCAUUCGGCGAGCUUUUUAUCAACAUUGGCAUUGUAGUCGGCUUCUUAACCUCUUUUCUUCUUUCCGGGCUGCCCGUGGAUUCAGCCUGGAGGUGGAUGUUGGGGCUGGGAGCCGUUCCGGGCUUUAUCCUCGCAGUAGGAGUGGCUUUUCUGCCCGAAUCCCCGCGCUGGCUGAUCAUGCACGGGCAGGUGAAAAAAGCCAAGGAUAUCCUGCUCACCAUAUCCGACAGCAAACAAGAGGCCCAUGAACGAAUGUUAGAAAUCCUAGAAGCAGCAGGUCUGAAGGAAGAAGUUAUCAGCAAAGGCCCAGCAGCAGGCUCGGAAUUUUCCCCUGCCCGGGGCAGAAGCAAUUCCCGCGAGCGGCUGGAAGGCAGCGGGGGCGAGGGUGGGGAAGGGACAGUGUAUGUGGACGAAGAGGAGCAGGAGAUUCACGUGAUACGGGCAAUGGAGGGAGCAGGCGGGCAGGGGGUUUGGAAGGAGCUACUCUGGCCAACACCGGCAGUGGGGAGAAUGCUGGUGGUGUGCGUGGGAACGAAUUUUCUGCAGCAGGCUGUGGGGAUUGACGCGGCUGUGUAUUACUCGCCUGUGGUUCUGCGGGAUGCGGGGGUGACGUCGACACGGGCGCUGCUGGGGGCGACGCUGCUGAUGGGGGUGAUCAAGGUGUCGUUUGUUGGCAUCGCCACGUGCAUGCUGGACCACUUUGGCCGGAGGCCGCUGCUGCUCGCAUCCACAGCAGGCAUGACGAUUGCGCUCCUAACUCAAGCCCUGGCCUUCCUCAAGCUGCCAACCGCUGUUGACGUAGACGUCUCAACCACCGUCACAGCCACCACAGGAGUCCCAGCAGCUGCCAUCGUUGCUUUCACGGGCCUCUGCUUCUAUGUCGCCUUUUUCUCCAUCGGCAUUGGCCCCAUUAACUGGCUUUACACCUCCGAGAUCUUCCCCCUGAGGCUGCGGGCACAGGCAACUGGUAUCGGCACGGCUGUGAACAGGAUCGCGUCUGGAGUGGUAGUGAUGACGUUUCUGAGUUUGGCGGAUGCGACGGGGAGUCCUGCGGGUCCGUUUUUCAUGUUUGCUGGGAUGGGAGUGGUUGCGUUUGUGUUCUUUUAUUUCCUCGCGCCGGAGACGAGAGGGAAGAGCUUGGAGCAGAUAGUGAGGAUGUUUGAAAAGGGGACGUACGCGUGGGUGAAGGAGGCUCCGGAGGAGAUUCCGAGCGUGGGGUUGGCGGUGUAUGAUGGGAAUAAGAUGCAGCAAGGGUGGGGGGAGACGGAUUCGAGCCCCAGCAGGACACCCCGGGAUGUGUGGUAG